CUGAGCCGUAUGGGCUAACUCCUCCCAUGGACGGCGUCAACACGUCUGCAAACAUAAAAUGCAUCCCCACACAGACCAUCUGCCCAUAGCUCUCAUUAACUUCCCCAUCUACCUCCAACAUCUAUUUUUCUCCCCCAUAUCCUCCUCCGUCCUCGUCUCCGGCGACAUGUCCGCUUCAUCUUCAUCAUCUCUCCCUGUCCCGGCGGACUGGUUGCUACCCCUGAUGGCAUGUCCACUCUGCGGCCACGAGUUAGUGACAGCCGUCGCAAGGAGUGGGAACAAUGUUGGCACCGAUUCUACAAGUGCAUCCGCUACGAUUCAAGGCAGUGCCGUUUCUUUGAGUUCCAGCGUGCGUACAACAUGAGGAUGACUCAUGAGCAGAUCCUGGCUAUGCAGCACCAGGCCGGAUGGCACCCACCCGGGUUUGGAUUCGCGCCCCAGCAGGGAAAUGGUCCUUCUCAGAUGGUUCGUGCUACCAUCCAACCCCAGAUCCAGGCGCAGUUGCAGCCGCAGAUGCAGCCGCAGACGCAGCCUCAGAUCCAGUCUCCGAUGCAGCAGCUUCCCCCGGCGGGCAACAAUAUGAUAGCUGACGCCGGAGUCGGAGCAGCAUAUGGAGCACAAGGCCUAGGUGCAGUCGCUGUUCUUAUGGCUGCAGUGAACAUCAUGCUAACUGUUGUGCUGUUGAUGGUUGUGUUAGCUAAGUAAUCUCCGUAGGUAUUCUAGGGCACUCCUUUAUUAAUAGCGCUAUGCAAGUGCUAACUAUUUUAGUGUAACCAAUGGUGGCUCCCUUUACCGCUCAGCCUAUUUGAGACGACGAGCCAGGUUUUGAGCUGUUGUGCUAUUCGACAACCAACUAUGUAAUGCUUUAUCAGACCUUCAUUAA